AGAUACCGAAUUCUAUACAAGCUCGGUUACGGUGGCUUCGGUACGGUGUGGAUAGCCCACGACCUUCUUGGUAAGAAGAACGUAGCUUUAAAGGUUAUGGUCUCUUGCGAUGGCGCAAAGCGCGAGUACGCCAUGCAAAACGAAAUUAUGCGGACCGUUAAGGAUACGUCUGGCCUUGUUAUAUACUAG